AAUAACUUGUCGUUACCGGAGCCGGGGCCGGCCGCCAUGAUAAGGUGAAGAAGACGCUCUCUCUCGGCUUCCUCCUUUCCCGCCAUGUCGCUGCUGACGAGCUCCAAGAAGAAAGACAAGCGCGUGCUGUCCGGCAGCUGCCCGGACCCGCGGUGCCAGGCGCGGCUGUUCUUCCCGGCUCACGGCUCCGCGAGCAUCGAGUGCACGGAGUGCGGCCAGCGGCACGAGCAGCGGCAGCUGCUGAGCGUGGAGGAGGUGACGGACCCGGACGUGGUGCUGCACAACCUGCUGAGGAACGCCCUGCUGGGGGUCACGGGGGCCCCGAAGAAAGGCACGGAGCUGGUGAAGGUGAUGGGGCUGUCCAACUACCACUGCAAGCUGCUGUCCCCGGUGCUCACCCGGUACGGCAUGGACAAGCAGACCGGCAAAGCCAAGCUGCUGCGGGAGAUGAACCAAGGCGAGAUGUUCGACUGCUCCCUCCUGGGGGACCGGGCCUUCCUGAUCGAGCCGGACCACGUCUCCACCGUGGGGUACGGCCGGGACCGGUCGGGGAGCCUCGCCUACCUGCACGACACCCUGGAGGAGGUGAAGAAGGCCAACGGCGGCGGCGAGUGUCUCGUCCCGGUCCACGUGGACGGGGACGGGCACUGCCUGGUCCACGCCGUGUCCAGGGCGCUGGUGGGCAGAGAGCUGUUCUGGCACCCCCUGAGGGAGAACCUGAAGCAGAACUUCAAGCAGAACCUGGACUGCUACAAGGCCCUCUUCCAGGACUUCAUCGACGCGGCGGAGUGGGAGGACAUCAUCAACGAGUGCGACCCGCUGUUCGUGCCGCCGGAGGGCGUCCCGCUCGGCCUGCGCAACAUCCACAUCUUCGGCCUGGCCAACGUGCUGCACCGGCCCAUCGUGCUGCUGGACUCCCUGAGCGGCAUGCAGAGCCCCGGGGACUACUCGGCCACCUUCCUGCCGGGCCUGGUGCCCGAGGAGCGGUGCCGGGGGAAGGACGGCUCGCUCAACAAGCCCAUCUGCAUCGCGUGGAGCAGCUCGGGCCGGAACCACUACAUCCCCCUGGUGGGGGUCCGGAACGCGGCGCCGCCCACGCUGCCGGCCCGCCUGCUGCCCAAGGCCUGGGGCGUCCCCCAGGAGCUCAUCCGCAAGUACGUGAAGCUGGAGCCGGACGGCGGCUGCGUGAUCGGCGGCGACCGCGGCCUGCAGGACAAGUACCUGCUGCGCCUGGUGAGCGCCAUGGAGGAGGUGUUCGCCGAGCGGCACGGCAUCCACCCGGCGCUGGUGGCCGACGUGCACCAGUACGUCUACAGGCGCACCGGCGUGAUCGGCGUGCAGCCGGAGGAGGUGACCGAGGCGGCCAAGAAGUCGGUGACGGAGAACCGGCUGCACCGCUGCCUGCUCUGCGGCGCCCUCUCCGAGCUCCACGUGCCGCCGGAGUGGCUGGUUCCCGGCGGGAAGCUGUACGACCUGGCCAAGGCCACGCACGGCCAGCUGCGGCCCGACAAGAACUACAGCUUCCCCCUGAGCAGCGUGGUCUGCUCCUACGACCCCCGCAGCGACGCCCUGGCCCCGGACUACAAGGGCAGCGCCCUCGCCGCCUGCAGCUGGUGCCACGGCACGGCGGUGCGCCGCGUGCUGGGCAGCGGCGCCGUGGUGUACCUGGACGGAGACCGGACCGACGCCCGCUCCCACGGCGGGAAGUGCGGCUGCGGCUUCAAGCACUUCUGGGGGGGGGAGGAGUACGACAACCUGCCGGAGGCCUUCCCCAUCACGCUGGAGUGGGGGGGGCGCGUGGUGAGGGAGACGGUGUUCUGGUUCCAGUACGAGGCCGCCGGGUCGGCGCUGAACAGCAACGUGUACGCCGUGGCCACGAAGCUGGUGACCAAGCACUUCCCCGGGGAGUUCGGCAGCGAGCUGCUGGUGCAGAAGGUGGUGAACACCAUCCUGCACCACACCGCCAAGAAGAACCCGGACGAGUACAACCCGGUGUCCGUGGCCGGGGUUCACGCCCAGCGGCUGUCGGACGGCGCCGAGGCCUCGCCGGACCCCCGGCCGCCCACCAAGAUCAUCCUGACGGGCCCCAAGUCCAAGACGCUCCACAAGGAGGAGCUGACGAUGAGCCGGGCGGAGCGCGGCGUCCAGCAGAGCAUCGGCGAGCGGGCCUCCGUCAACCAGAAGCGCCGCACCGACGAGCUGGAGCAGGACCAGAAGGCCCGGGACCAGAAGGCCCGGGACCAGAAGGCCCAGGACCAGAAGGCCCAGGACCAGAAGGCCCAGGACCAGAAGACCCAGGACCAGAAGGCCCAAGACCAGAAGACCCAAGACCAGAAGGCCCAAGACCAGAAGGUCCAGGACCAGAAGGUCCAGGACCAGAAGGUCCAAGACCAGAAGGCCCAAGACCAGAAGGCCCAAGACCAGAAGGCCCAAGACCAGAAGGUCCGGGACCAGAAGGCCCGGGACCAGAAGGCCCGGGACCAGAAGGCCCGGGACCAGAAGGCCCAGGACCAGAAGGCCCAGGACCAGAAGGCCCAAGACCAGAAGGCCCAGGACCAGAAGACCCGGGACCAGAAGGCCCGGGACCAGAAGGCCCGGGACCAGAAGGCCCGGGGACGGGCAUCCUCCCCCGGCGGGUCUCCGGAAACCACCACCUCUUCCUCCGCGCCGGCCACGCCCACCAAAUCCCUGGCGUCCAAUCAGGAGAAGAAUAUCCGCGUGACCACGAGCGACGGGCGCCAGGCCAUGCUGACCCUGCGGCUGCGCACCACCUUCUCGGAGCUGCAGAGCAGCAUCUCCAGACAGUUCGGCGUGCCGCCGGCGCGGCAAUGCAUCCGCCACGGCUUCCCGCCCAGAGAGCUGCCGCCGCCGAAGGCCGGCGAGGAGGACGAGCCGGCGGCGCUGCGGCACGGCGACCGCGUGACGGUGGAGAUACUGAGGGCGCCUGAGGACGGGGACCCCGCCGCCGGCCUCGGGGCCUCCGGCUCGCACGCCGCCGCCGAGGCCGACGACGUCGUGGCGUCCGGCAGGACGAGCGGCCGCGAGCUCCAGGACAGCAUCGACCUGGAGAUGUCCUCCCUCUGUCUCCUAGCAACCUUGAUGGGUGAGGACGUCUGGUCGUACGCUAAGAAGCUGCCGCACUUGUUCCAGCAGGGCGGCGUCUUCUACAACAUCGUGAAGAAGGACAUGGGCCUGACGGAGGGGAAGCACUGCACGCUGCCCCACCUGACGGGGAAGACCUUCGUGUGCAACGCCGCCGAGGAGCGCCUGGAGCUCUGCGUGGACGCCGCCGGCCACUUCCCCGUCGGCCCCGACGUGGAGGAGCUGGUGAAGGAGGCGCUGGUCCGGCUGCGCUCCGACACGGCCACCGGGGGCAGCAGAGAGGGGAGCCCCUCCCACGGCACGCUGCGGCCGGGCGGCGGCGGCGUCGUCCGCAAGAAGGAGCACCUGCAGAGCGUCACCGCCUUCCGGGGCAAAGGCCACUCCCUCGGCGGCGCUGCCUCCCCUCCGGAGCACCGGCCUAUCACGCGCCAGCACAGCAGCGGCGUGGACCUGAGCGCCGGCGUGUCCCGGGGCCCGCCGGACCCGUCGGACAUUCCCGAGCACGCCACCAGGGAGCCGGUCCGCAUGGCGCCGGGCUUCGUCACCACGAAGGCGGGGCCAUGCGGCCCGGACCGCGGCCUGAUGGAGCAGCAGCGCCGCAAGCUGCAGGAGAUGGUCUCCUCCAUCCAGGCCUCCAUGGAGCGCCACCUGCAGGGCGCCGCCGCCAGCGCCGGAGGGGGCGGGACUAGUAAGUCGGAAGCCGGCCCACCGGCGUCUACGGAGGACGCCGACCAACAGCCGGACGCCGCCGGCCCGACGGCAGCCGGCACAGCGGACGGGAAGGGGGAGGAGCCAGAGGAGAUGGAGAGUCAGGACGACGAGCAGACCGAACCAAUGGAUCACUCCUGAUCCCCCCACGGCCCCGCCCCCCCGUCUUGACUCGCACGCGCUCGUGUGUUUGCACUCACUCACACUCACACUCACACACUCACACACUCACACACUCACACUCACACUCACACACACACACUCACACAGGAUCUGUGUUCUCUUAACUCAACAUGAUGUUUUAGUUUCACACGAUGGGCCCGUCUCUUUGUUCUUUUCUCUCUCCAGGAAGCCGGUCAUGUGAAGCUGGUCACGUGAAGCCGGUCAUGUGACGCCGGUCACGUGAAGCCGGUCAUGUGACCGUGGUCACGUGAAGCCGGUCACGUGAAGCCGGUCAUGUGACCGUGGUCACGUGAAGCCGGUCACGUGAAGCCGGUCAUGUGACCGUGGUCACGUGAAGCCGGUCACGUGAAGCCGGUCAUGUGACCGUGGUCACGUGACGCCGGUCACGUGAAGCCGGUCAUGUGACCGCGGGAACGUGACGCCGGUCACGUGAAGCCGGUCAUGUGACCGCGGGACGCAGAACAAAGAUAUUUAUACGCUUGUUUUUACCUUCAUGACCAAACGUCCUUCUGGAAGAAAGAUUUUUGUGUUUUUAACGUGUAAAAUACACGUCGGACCAGCUGGUGAACGAAGUUAAUGAGGUGCAUUCUGGGUGUUUGAGCUAUAUAUAUUAUAUAUAUAUGCUUUCCUUUAUCCUUCUUUUUCAACAAAUAAACUUCGUUGAUCUCGGGACGUUGGAAGUUUGGAGAGUUCAGGCGGAAAACAUAGAAUCCAUUGUCUCUGGAGGAAGGGAUGUUCACAAGGAGGAAGUGAUGUUCACAAGGAGGAAGUGAUGUUCACGAGGAGGAAGGGAUGUUCACGAGGAGGAAGGGAUGUUCAAGAGGAGGAAGGGAUGUUCACGAGGAGGAAGGGAUGUUCAAGAGGAGGAAGUGAUGUUCACGAGGAGGAAGUGAUGUUCACGAGGAGGAAGGGAUGUUCACGAGGAGGAAGGGAUGUUCACGAGGAGGAAGGGAUGUUCAAGAGGAGGAAGUGAUGUUCACGAGGAGGAAGGGAUGUUCACGAGGAGGAAGGGAUGUUCACGAGGAGGAAGGGAUGUUCAAGAGGAGGAAGUGAUGUUCACGAGGAGGAAGGGAUGUUCACGAGGAGGAAGUGAACACGAGGGAGGAAGUGAACACGGGGGAGGAAGUGAACACGAGGGAGGAAGUCUUCUGACGAGUUCUUCAGAGUUGGAGAAGAUUCAAAGUCGUUAUCUGCCGCGUGUGGAAGUGUUUUCCCAGCAUGCUUUGCGGCGUGUCCUUUCUGUUCAGAGGCAUUUUACAGCUCAUGAGAGCUAGCCUUUGUUAGCUUAGCACAAAGACUAGGAGGCGGGUGGAAACGCCUCGCCCAGCUACCGGAAGGUGUGAAAGGGACACGACAGACUUGAUGCUAAGCUAAUCACGAACACACUUGAUGCUAAGCUAAUCACGAACACACACGACUAAAGGAACUGUCCGUGUGUUCACGCGCUUCACUAGUUUCUCGUGUUUUGCUUUUACCUGAAAGUUUCUCAAGGUGAGCGAGGUUUGUUUCGUGAGGCGAACACGAGACGCUGCACUUUGUUCGGGAAACGUUAGCUUAGCAUUGUAGCGUUAGCCGGACCUGAGAGAAGCCGCUGGAAACGGACGUUUCCUUUGCCUGCUGCACACUCACGUGUCAUCAGUUGUAUAAUAGUACAUAUUGUAGUAUAUUUAGACUUGUACAGAAACACACGGGUUGUUCCCUCACUUUGUGUUGUUGUUUUCUCUGGUUUACUAAUAAAGUUUUGACGACACACGGCUUCCACGUCGCUGUCCGCAUGUGACGACUUCUCCAAUAAAUUCACUUCCUUCA